UUGUCUGGCCGCACCCCUUCUUACCCCUUCUCAUCCCCUGCCCCGCCGCCACUUAAACCCUAGCGUGACCAGCGCCUCGCUCGCACAGCCUCCUUCUCGUCCCGGACCCCCGAAGGAGAGCCGCGCGACCGAGCACCGGAUCCGGCAGCCAUGUCGACCGGCAAGGGCGGCGGAGCCAUGUCGACCGGCAAGGGCGGCGGAGGGAAGAAGAAGGAGGUUAAGAAGGAGACGAAGCUUGGGAUGGCGUACAAGAAGGAUGACAACUUCGGCGAGUGGUACUCUGAGGUUGUUGUUAACAGUGAAAUGAUUGAGUACUAUGACAUCUCUGGUUGUUAUAUCUUGAGGCCAUGGGCGAUGGAAAUUUGGGAAUCGCUAAAAGAAUUCUUUGAUGCCGAAAUAAAAAAGCUGAAGCUGAAACCUUAUUAUUUCCCUUUGUUUGUUACUGAGAAUGUUCUACAAAAGGAGAAGGACCACAUUGAGGGCUUUGCACCAGAGGUAGCUUGGGUUACUAAAUCGGGGAAAUCUGACCUGGAAGCUCCUAUUGCAAUUCGUCCUACAAGUGAGACUGUCAUGUAUCCAUACUUCUCUAAAUGGAUAAGAAGCCACCGGGACCUACCUUUGAGGUGUAACCAGUGGUGUAAUGUUGUUAGAUGGGAGUUUAGCAAUCCAACUCCUUUCAUAAGGAGCCGUGAAUUUCUUUGGCAAGAAGGCCAUACAGCAUUUGCAACUAAAGAAGAGGCAGAUGAAGAGGUUCUCCAAAUAUUGGAACUCUACCGAAGGAUAUAUGAAGAAUUUUUAGCUGUUCCAGUGUCCAAAGGGAGGAAAAGUGAGAUGGAAAAAUUCGCUGGUGGACUUUAUACCACCAGUGUUGAGGCCUUUAUUCCAAACACUGGUCGUGGUAUACAAGGUGCAACCUCACAUUGUCUUGGUCAAAACUUUGCCAAGAUGUUUGAUAUCACUUUCGAGAAUGAGAAGGGUUCAAGGUCGAUGGUUUGGCAAAACAGUUGGGCUUACACCACCCGCUCGAUUGGGGUGAUGGUGAUGACACACGGCGAUGACAAAGGCUUAGUAUUACCACCAAGGGUGGCACCUAUCCAGGUAAUUGUUAUUCCGGUGCCAUAUAAGGAUGCUGACACAACUGCCAUAAAGGGAGCAUGUGAAUCAACUGUUUACACUCUCAACCAAGCUGGGAUUCGAGUGGAUUUGGACACCCGUGAAAAUUACUCUCCAGGUUGGAAGUAUUCUCACUGGGAAAUGAAAGGUGUUCCUUUGAGAAUUGAGAUUGGUCCAAAAGACCUGGCAAACAAACAGGCGCGCAUCGUCCGGCGAGACAAUGGUGCAAAGGUUGAUGUUCCUGUGGCUAAUUUGGUUGAGGAGGUUAAAGUGUUACUGGAUGGGAUUCAAGAAAACCUGUUCAAAACAGCCAAAGAAAAGAGAGAUGCCUGUAUUAAAGUCAUCAGCACAUGGGAUGAAUUCAUAGUCGCUCUGAAUGACAAAAAAAUGAUCUUGGCUCCAUGGUGUGAUGAAGAGGAAGUCGAGAAAGACGUGAAAGCUCGGACAAAAGGGGAACUCGGAGCCGCUAAGACCUUGUGUACUCCAUUUGACCAGCCAGAACUUCCAGAAGGAACCUUGUGCUUCGCUUCUGGAAAGCCUGCAAAGAAGUGGUCGUUCUGGGGCCGCAGCUAUUGAUUGUCAGGGGCGUUUGGCUGAGGUGAUUGUGCUCGGAGCUUUUAGGAUUCAGUUGCAAUUUGAACUGAAUCCUCUAGCUUUGGAUACAAAUCCGAAAAAGCCUUUCGUUGUGUUCCUGCUGGUGAAGCUGUUAAAAUUCGAUAGAGUUGUAAGGGUUGAAAACAUACCGGUUUGGUUGUCGCAAGGAUGAGACAUACAUCUGUUUAGCGUGCGGUUUUGCUGUACUUAAGAAAAUACUUAACAUUGAACUGUUUGGGGGCAAGUCAAUCAUUCUCACAGGAAA